ACCUAUUAUACAAUACAGGCCCGAAUAACUGAACCCGUCAACCACCUCUGUUGAUAAAACCUUUGAGUCCAACUCGCCUACGAAGGUAUUUUCCCUACUACAUUGUGGCGAACGGUAAAUUCACAUUUAGGGCGUUUAGCCGACGUUUUCAUCCUAAAGGACUUACAAUGAGCACAUUUGUCAGACAUAAGUGAUCACUGAUAAUAUAAAUCCUGAAAUGGUGACAAGGGAGCUGUGUAUUUUUGCUUUAAGACCGCCGGGCACGAGAAGGGGAAAGAAGGCAGCGUUUUCAAACUAUUCUUUAUUGUAAGGAUAAUUCCUUCUAAAACAGCACUGCACAUAGCGGCAAUGCUCAAGUCAAAGGAAAUGAUUACCUCUCACGUUGUGACAUCGGUUUUUUGUAGCAUCAUGAAGAAAAUACAAGGAUUCUCUGUGUCAUCCUGACACAAAGUGUUCCAUAUGGAGGAUGUGGUUUUACAUUACAAGCCUGCCGACGCAGGUCAACUGAGCAGCCUGAUAUGGCGGACAGAGACUGCGCUGGAGCCAUUUCUCUGCCGGGUCUUGCCAACCUUUACACCCUGGUUUCCAUCCACUAGUGACCGGCUGUUACCCAUCCGACCCUCAAAACCAGCUCCAACAGCCCAUGCCAUCACCAGGAAGACCCAAGAAGACAACCAAACCCACCAGAACUCAAAAAACCUGACAAGCAGAGAAGGUUCUGGUGACUCUACCUCAAGCUCUCUCCCAGACAGAUUAAAGUCAGAUAAAAGGGUGUAUACGACUGAUCAUCCAGUAUACAAUAACAAACAAGACAUUCAAUCACAGAUACCAGUAAACAGACUGCAUGAGACCGACCAACAACAGAAGCCCACAUUUGCGGUUGUCAUCAGUGACGCCGGGCCUGAAAAUCAAACAGUUUUCUCCUGCAGCAACAUAACCCGAAGCACUAGACCGUCUCAAGGGAAACUAGGGAAAUCCAAUAAUGUCUCGUACAUUCCAAAACCCCCCCACUCUCCUCUUCCUCCCCUUGCAACUGUCAGCCAGCCGAGCCCACCCAACCACACUUCACCAGACAGGGCUAGGCCGCCACCAGAAAAGAGGACACAGAAACCCUUGAGUGGACCACACAUCCGAGACGGGGCUGUCAAAAGGUCCUGGAGCGUUGUGGCACAUCACAGGCUUCCACUGCGGAGUACCUCAUGCCUGUCCAAACCCUUUCUCAAGACGGUGAUCCGGCAUGGGCUGCACCUGCAGCAGAGGGCCCGCUGGGUCCUCGGACAACACAACUUUGGGUCCGCUGGCGACAUGGAGCAGGUGUGGCGGCAGCUAAACCGCUCCAUCAAGAGGUCCAGUCUGCCAACAUGUAACGCCAACAUCCAGAGGGAGCAGAGGCAGAUCUGGGUCUUCUGUGAUGUUCUCUACUCUGAGCACGUCGGGAAACACCUGAAAGAGGAGCUGGCUCUCUCUGGACAGAUCACCCUCUCUGUGCCCAAACUGGGCAACAUCCUCACCUUAUAGUUCUCUGCACUAUGGACUUUCAACCUGUAACCAAUGCAGACCCUUAUGUCUGGACAGAAACCUUCUUACGCCUUGUUCACACUACCUCCGUCCGUUGACGGAUCUCAUUGACUUUGCAUGGGGUGCUCGUGAAAUGCAUUGUUGGUCCGUCCGUCCAUUCGGCUCUGUGGCCAGCCUGCGUCAAAAAGUUGAGAAGUGUUCCGUUACAUUUUUUUAAAGAAAUGUGGAAUUAUAGGAUUGUUCUUAGUCACCUGUUGUUGGUGUCAUCUUUUGUAUUUAUAUCCACACAUCGGCUUUGUAGCGAGAAGCGAUUUGAUUGGCUGCAAUAUGCAUCUGCAGAGACUAGUCCCCUAUACGUCAGACACGCCCUCAGUCAUCCGUUGACGGACGCAUGUAGUGUGAAAAAGGCGUGAAUCAAAAAGUUUAGAAUUUUUCAACUUUUCAGGCAGCAACGGAUCCGUCGGCCAAUCAGACUGCGUUCUGCAAAUAUACGCAAGGACACUGUCCAAUAAAAUACAACCCGGAAGAACACAUGGAUACGUCAACAAGCCCCCAUCCGUCGACGUACGCAUGUAGUGUGAACAAGGAGUCACAGAUGUGGUGGGAUGCAGCAGAGACUGAAUCAAUAAACAUUCCCAGUUAUCCUAUGUUAAGACAGAAUGUGAAGCAUUUAUAAAUAAUUUGCCUUCAGGGGAACAUCACAUUUAUUAAACAAAGAUUUAUUUUUGCAAUGGCUGGUUUGUUUGUCUGUCAGUCAUCUGAAAAUCACAUGAUGUCGGAGGAACCCGGGAGCCCCCCCCCACACACCAAGACUGUAACAACAGGCCUUUUUCAAAGCGGCCCUUGAAUGAGAGGGCGAGGAUGAAUGAAUACAGUACAAUGGCGUGUCAGUGCGCGUACCCCCACUCUUUUGUUUCUGUGAGGCACAGGCCUCUGCACUCCCCCUCUGAC